CGCUGCCCUGCCCUAGGUCGUCCGCAGAGCAAACCUGUUCGUCGAGCCUGCGACUCUCCUGGCCACACCCACACCACCACCGCCUCCUCGACAAACACACUCCCACCCGCGCCAGUCGCACCAUAGCCACCCCCCUCGAUCACCAUGGCUGAAUUCGUCCGCGCUCAGAUUUUCGGCACGACGUUUGAGAUCACCAGCAGGUACACCGACCUGCAGCCCGUAGGCAUGGGCGCCUUUGGCCUUGUCUGCUCGGCCAAGGAUCAACUCACUAGCCAGGCCGUGGCCAUCAAGAAGAUCAUGAAGCCCUUCAGCACUCCGGUCCUGUCCAAGCGCACAUACCGAGAGCUGAAGCUUUUGAAGCAUCUCAGACACGAGAAUAUUAUCAGCUUGAGCGACAUCUUCAUCUCCCCGCUAGAAGACAUCUAUUUUGUCACCGAGUUGCUAGGAACCGAUCUUCACCGCCUGCUCACCUCCAGGCCGCUAGAGAAGCAGUUCAUCCAGUACUUCCUCUAUCAGAUUUUGCGUGGUCUGAAAUACGUCCACUCCGCCGGUGUCGUCCACCGCGACCUAAAGCCCAGCAACAUUCUCGUAAACGAGAAUUGCGAUCUCAAGAUCUGCGAUUUCGGCCUUGCGCGUAUACAAGACCCCCAGAUGACGGGCUAUGUUUCCACCCGAUACUACCGAGCCCCCGAGAUCAUGCUCACAUGGCAAAAGUACGACAUUGAAGUGGAUAUCUGGAGUGCAGGAUGCAUUUUCGCCGAGAUGCUCGAGGGCAAGCCCCUCUUCCCAGGAAAGGACCACGUGAACCAGUUUUCCAUCAUCACGGAAUUGCUGGGCACUCCUCCAGAUGAUGUUAUCCAGACCAUCUGCAGUGAGAACACACUGCGAUUCGUCCAGUCACUGCCGAAGCGCGAGCGGAUACCAUUAGCCAAUAAGUUCAAGAACGCAGAGCCCGCUGCCGUCGAUCUACUCGAGAACAUGUUGGUCUUCGACCCCAGGAAGCGCGUACGAGCGGAAGAGGCUCUCGCCCACUCGUACCUGGCCCCGUACCACGACCCGACCGACGAGCCAGUCGCAGAGGAGAAGUUCGACUGGUCCUUCAACGAUGCUGAUCUUCCCGUUGAUACCUGGAAAAUCAUGAUGUACUCGGAGAUCCUCGACUACCACAAUGUUGAUGCCGCCGCACAAGAGCAAGAGAACGGAAGCUGAUGAUAAGAAGAACUCGUCAGAUAGAAGUUCGUUUAACUGAUAGUGGCAAAGGCUCUCUCGCUUUGAGUCUGGUUGUAUGAUCUGCCUGGUUAGGCAGUUCGGGUUUCCUCAUAACAACAUUUCAUAACAACAUGUGUGCGCGGGUAGAUGGGGCUAU